UGUCCACAAGUCAUACCUGGAUCACAAUUUGUGUGGCCUCAUUUUGCAUGACUCAUCGAAAUCGCAACCCCAAUGUAACCACAAUAUGCCAGAGCGUCGUUAUGGAGCAGAGUGGUAUAAAACGAGUCUCUUUUCCUUUUUCCCGAGCAAUGCGAAAUGCUUCGAUAAUUAUCAAAUCGUCGUAACCUAAUUCCUUAUUUCACCAUGUUCAUCAGACAAUUGACCCGGGAAGACGUACCAGAGGUCUUGGCCAUCACCCAGCAAUCAUUUGUGGAUGACGAGCUCUUCGGUUGGCUCUAUCCACGGCGAAAUCAGUAUCCUAACGAUCUUCGGAGAUAUCAAUUAAUUCGCCUGCGGACCCGUCUAGUGUCCGUUGGUUCCUAUGGAUUCGUCGCCGUAACGGAUGAAACGGACCCUGGCUGGCAAGGAAAGCCAGAAAUUAUUGGUUAUGCAUUCUUUGUCCGAGAGGGAACGGAUGAGUCUUCGAAAAAGUGGCGACACGAUUCUAUCUUCAGCAAGUUUGAACGUUAUUUACUCUCAUGGGAACUCUGGUACGAGGCAAAGGUGCUUGACCGUGCCUCGGACCCAACCCGUAUCAAAGCAUACAAUGACACAAGGCACUAUGACUUCUACACCCACCUUAACCCCCGCUGGCAUCUCAGCAUGCUAGCCGUGUCACCGAAACACCAACGCCGUGGUAUUGGAGGCAAAUUGGUCAAACAUGGACAGCUCCUUGCCACCGAGGAAAACAUUCCCUUGACCCUGAAUUCCAGCAUAGUUGGUCGUGGGCUGUACCUGAAGUCGGGAUUUAAGGUUGUUCACGAGGUGGUAAUUGCGGAGGGACUUGAAGGGAUUACAAUGCUCUGGGAACCUGAACGUCUGAAAGGGAAAUGGAUUGAAGACACAGGUGAUGGAAGAGGGAGAAUGAAAGCCUAGCCGUACCCCCAGGCUACGAACGACCCUAAAGCAUCCGAGGGUUGUUUCAACCUUCACAUCUCCCACCUCGCAAGAGCCCUCUCACGCCAAUUCCUAGUAUGCGCCGAAGAUAACGGAAAUUGUUCGUUAUCAGCCCAUCCACAACACCCUUUCUUAACGACAAAAUUCGCUAUUACGGAGGAAGAAAUGACGGGGAAAUAGGAAGGGAGGCGCUGUUUUGGCUAGCCUAUCGCCUAUUUCAUGUAGGCGGAAUGUUCCGAGUAGUGUUUGACGAAAGU